ACACGAGUUUCUACUCUUGUCAUGUUGGCCUUCUACUUGACGACUUCAUCGCCUGAGCCCAGCAUCUUCUCCAAUCUUUUCUCUGGUUUUGACUUGUAUCUCUUCUCUCGACCAUGAUCCUCGACUUAUAAUUCUACUCUCCACUGAUUUGUAUGCAUUGAUAUCACUGCAUAGACAUCAUUCUCGCAUGGUUUAGCUCAUUUGAAGCAUUCUUUUCCUUUCAUGGAAGACAACUUCCUUCCAUCAUCAAUGGACAACACCAAGAGCUUUCACCCUCCCCUCAAGCCGCAACCUCCACCACCGUCGCCCUACAUAAUCACUAGCUUCCCCAUCCUAGCUUUAUCCAUCAUCGGAAUCCUCACCACUUCCAUCGUCCUCCUCAGCUACUACGUCUUCGUCACUAAAUGCUGCCUGAACUGGCACCGUUCCGGCUUCCUCGGCCGCCGGCCUGCACCAUCCACGGCCUUCUCGACCUCCGCCGACAACCUCGGCCUCGAUGAAUCGACAAUUCAGGCGAUCCCAACUUUUCGGUACCGGAAAAGAGCUGAGAGUGCUCGGCGGACGUCGUCCUUCCGUGAGUGUGCCGUCUGCCUGAGUGAAUUCCAAGAAGAAGAGAGGGUUCGGCUUCUGCCGAGCUGCUUCCAUGUCUUCCAUAUCGACUGCGUUGAUACUUGGCUCCAGACCAGUGCCAAUUGCCCACUCUGCAGGUCGAGCAUCACAGCUCCGAUUCCACCUGAUCAUUAUGAUCCUUACCACAGUAAUGAUGAAGCGAUCGAAGAAGAAGAAGUUGGCAGUGAUGACACCCAUACAGUGACGGAGCAGAGACUUGGAGACAAGACGAGCAGGAGGCUCCAGCAUCGAAGCAGCAUGGGAGAUGAGUGCAUCGAUGUGAGGGAGAGGGAUGAGCAGUUCCGCGUCCAACCCAUGAGGAGAUCAUUCUCCAUGGACUCUUGGGAUGACAGGCAGCUGUGCACGGCGCUGCAGAGGAUGUUGCAGCAGAACUCGCAGCUCCAAGAUGUUAUUGGAGAGAGCAGCAGCACGAGCAGACUCCGGAGGUCCUUCUUCUCGUUCGGCCGAGCGUCGCGUAGCGCUGUUCUUCCUGUCAAAGUCGAGUUGUGA